AUAUGAGAGUUACCAGCAAGCCUUCGACAAUCCACAUGCGCCACACGUGGACGAAGAUACGACCCACUCAACAGGGACACUGACACAGCGAGUGACCGAUGCCGAUGUACUCAAGAGUGACUUUGAUAUGUUCGAUAGGUGCGUAUGCAUGUAUAUGUCUAAUGGAUGUGCUUAA